AUGAGUUUUGAAGGGGUCGUCUCCUACCUUCAGCACGAUGCCUGCCGAACGGCAGGUGUGACGUCACACGUUGGUGUGGUCGUUCAGGGUGGGUCUAGUGCCUUUGAUGCCGUCGUCGACUUGCCAACCGACAAGGACGUUGCCGAUGGUUCGGGGUUGUAUCAUUCCUUCAGUUUGGAAGGCAUUUGUGCAAGCCUUCGGACAACGGCCUACCGAUUGAAAGGUGUAACGUCACCCUUGCCGUUCGGCAAGGUCCGUGCCGAAGGAGGUGGGUUUGAGGCUCUUGCUGAUGCCGUCGUAGACUUGGGGGUUCUGCGAAUGUCUGGAGAUGGUGUGGUUCCUUGCGUGGAUCUCGUAGCUUCAGACAACGGCCUACCGAACGGAAGAAUGCCCAUUGGUGCUUCAUCGACCUUGCCGUUCCAUGGGUGA